UCCUAAACGACAAGGGAGCGCGACGAUGGUUUACAUCACGGAAGAUCUGAUCCGUCGCCGGGCCGAGCACAACGAGUGUGAGAUCUUCUCCUUGGAGGAGGUCUCGCUGCAUCAGCAGGACAUCGAGAGGAUCGAGCACAUCGAGCGAUGGUGCAGGGAUCUCAAGAUCCUCUACCUGCAGAACAACCUCAUACCUCGCAUCGAGAACGUAGGUCGCCUGAAGAAGCUGGAGUACUUGAACUUGGCCUUGAAUAACAUCCAAGUCAUUGAAAACCUGGAAGGCUGUGAGAGUCUGCAAAAGUUGGACCUGACGCUCAACUUCGUGGGGCGUUUGAGCAGUGUGGCCGCCCUGAAAGAAAACCUGCACCUGGGCCAACUCUUCCUGGUGGGAAACCCUUGCGCGGUCUUCCAAGGCUACCGGGAAUACGUCAUCGCCACACUACCUCAACUCCAGUGUCUGGACGGCACAGCGGUGACGCGCUCUGAGCGCAUCGCGGCCAAUCAGGGCCUGGAGGAGCUGACCAGGCAGGUCCUGGAGCAGGAGGACCAAUACUUGAGGGGGAACACUUCAGAGAAGGAAGAGGGGAGCACUGACCGGACGGGAAGCCGACAAGAAGCGGUAACAGACGGUCCUCCUGACUCCGAGGGAAAGCAGGAGGAUGGGACCGAGUCGGACGAGGAGCGACGGGAGAAGGAGUUCUGGAACACUCCGUGCCCCUUCACCCCCGAAUCUCGUAUAGAGGCGCACCGCCACCUGGAGAAGAAGAAGACGGCCAAGGAAAAAGACGCCCAGAAGAAAGUGAAGCCCCCAAGGACUCUGAUAACUGCUGAUGGACGGGUCUUGAAUGUCAAUGAACCCAAAUUGGACUUCUCCCUGACAGAAGACGAUGACAACAACAGGAUUGUCUUGGACUUGGCAGUGUACAGGCACAUGGAUACCUCUCUGAUGGACGUGGACGUUCAGCCAACUUACGUCAGAGUCUCCAUCAAAGGAAAAACAUUUCAGAUGGUUCUGCCGGCUGAGGUCAAGCCCGACAGCUCCACCGCGCUGAGGUCGCAGACCACGGGACACCUGCUGCUACACAUGCCCAGGGCUCAAGGUGAAAUCAAGGCGACUAAAGCUGCUCCACGUCCAUCCAAAGAUGCUGCCCCCCGCCAGCACAACUCGUAUGACCAUCCCAAGAGAGAGCGUGGUGUACCGGAGAGGCUAGAAGUUGACCCCAGCGGCAGGGUAGACAUCGCCAACAUCGUGACUCGCCGGCGCGCCGCAGAAGGCCCGCUGGAAGCUGCUCGCCUAAAUCCCGACGCGCCUCACCGUCACGUGCCCUCAGACGGAUUUAUGGACGACCCGGACGUACCGCCUCUUGUCUAAGGCCCCAGUGUGGAUUUGGAGACAGGAAAGGAGAUCCGGAUGAUUAUGAUGAACAUCACACAAGAGGAAUUUGGGAAUAAAAAUCCCCCUCCAAAAAUCAGACAAAAAUGUCUUCAUCCUGGCGCUUUUCUUAUCCUGUCUAAAUAAGACAUGGAUCAAGUCACCCAUGCCUUAAUUUUUAACAAAAAAUCAAUCAGCAUGCUGCAGCAUCUUGGCUCACAUCUGCCAUUGACGAUGAUAGACGUUUUUCAGUCGUAGAUAGCCAAUCCAUUCGAAGUGGGAGGGUGGCAGCGGAUGAACCUUCCGACUCAAAAAGGAUUGGACGUCGAGCACCGUCAAUGCAAGUUAAAAUAUAUUAAUUUUUUAAAACUAGUUAGAUCUUCUCAUGAAUUAAUUGCUAUGAAGUAAUAUCGCAAGUACUAAUUGCAAUACCAUGAUUUAUUUUACGAAAUAAAUUAUACGAAACCAAUCUGGGGCGUAUUUAUUUCGUACCUUGAGUUACCACUGUACUGUCAGAUUGAUAAAAUACAAAUCUACUGUAUAUUACCUUAAAAUGAGUUAAUAUGCUGUUUAGUGCUGCAAUGAUUAAUCAAUAAACUCGAGUGAUUCGAUAAGACAAAAGCUUUGAAUCAAAUUUAGAUGCUUCGGUGUUUCGUUUAACUAGAGUGACUUUGUAAUGGUUUGUUUUGAAAGUGUUGCAUUUCUCUAGUGGCAACAGUGAAUAACUCAUCAAACAUGGCUGAAUCCAGCUGCUCCUUGUUGAGACCAAUAUAAGGUAUGUUUUUGUUUGAGCUUGUGUGUUUGAUUAUGAAUUCGUUA